UUAGGCAUUUUGUCUCCCUCAAGAAACUGUGCUGUAGCACUGACAAUAACAAGCAGAUUCACAAGGUUCAUCGUGAUUCAGGAGACAAUUCUCAAACAGAGUCGCAUUCAUUCAGAUAUAAGAGCAGGAGGAAAGAGUCCAUCGAUGUGAGAUCUAUAUCGUCACGAGGCAGUGAUGCACCAAGCCUCCAGAACCGUCGCUACCCAUCCAUGGCCAGGAUCCACUCCAUGACCAUUGAGGCUCCCAUCACGAAGGUUAUAAAUAUAAUCAAUGCUGCCCAAGAAAACAGCCCUGUCACAGUAGCAGAGGCGUUGGACAGAGUUCUGGAGAUUUUGCGGACCACUGAACUCUACUCCCCCCAGCUGGGUACCAAAGAUGAGGACCCUCACACCAGUGACCUUGUGGGAGGCUUGAUGACUGAUGGCUUGAGAAGGCUGUCCGGAAAUGAGUAUGUGUUCACCAAGAACGUUCACCAGAGUCACAGUCACCUGACAAUGCCUGUCAAUGACGUCCCCCCUUCCAUUGCACAAUUACUUGAUAAUGAGGAAAGCUGGGAAUUCAACGUCUUUGAAUUAGAAGCUGUCACACACAAAAGGCCCCUGGUCUACCUGGGCUUAAAGGUCUUUUCCAGGUUUGGAGUAUGUGAAUUCUUACAUUGUUCGGAAUCUACUCUCCGAGCCUGGCUCCAGGUGAUUGAAGCUAACUACCAUGCCUCCAACGCUUACCAUAACUCAACCCACGCCGCUGACGUCCUCCACGCCACUGCCUUCUUCCUCGGAAAGGAGCGAGUAAAGGGAAGCCUUGACCAGCUGGACGAGGUGGCUGCGCUAAUAGCCGCCACCGUGCACGACGUGGACCACCCAGGAAGGACCAACUCGUUCCUGUGCAACGCAGGCAGCGAGCUCGCCGUGCUGUAUAAUGAUACGGCGGUCUUAGAGAGCCACCACACAGCCCUGGCCUUCCAGCUCACGGCCAAGGACAACAAGUGCAACAUUUUCAAGAACAUUGACAGAAACCAUUAUCGAACACUGCGCCAAGCUAUUAUUGACAUGGUUUUGGCAACGGAGAUGACAAAACACUUCGAGCAUGUGAACAAAUUUGUGAACAGCAUCAACAAACCAUUGGCUGCUGAGAUUGAGGGUAGUGACUGUGAAUGCAAUCCUGUCGGCAAGAACUUUCCAGAAAACCAAAUCCUGAUUAAGCGCAUGAUGAUCAAGUGUGCCGACGUGGCCAACCCCUGCCGCCCCCUGGACCUGUGCGUGGAGUGGGCUGGGAGGAUCUCCGAGGAGUAUUUCGCACAGACUGAUGAAGAGAAGAGACAGGGGCUGCCUGUGGUGAUGCCCGUGUUUGACCGGAAUUCUUGUAGCAUUCCCAAGUCCCAGAUCUCCUUCAUCGACUACUUCAUAACAGACAUGUUUGAUGCCUGGGAUGCCUUUGCACACCUGCCAGCCCUGAUGCAACAUCUGGCGGAUAACUACAAGCACUGGAAGACACUGGAUGAUCUCAAGUGCAAAAGCCUGAGACUUCCGUCAGACAGCUAAACAGAGCCCGUGGAGAAGGAGGCCAUUGAGCCACAAGGGGCAUUGCGGAUCCCAGGGGUGUACAGCAGUGGGGUCUCCUUUAUAGUGAAAUGUGACUGAGUACGGAACUAAUGCUUAAUAUUUGACCAGGAAUCACUCAAGUCCCCAAAUGUCUUUUCUCCUCCUCCUCCUCCUCCUCCUCCUCCUCCUCCUCCUCCUUCUCCUCCUCCUCCUUCUUCUCCUCCUUCUCCUUCUUCUUUUUUUUUUUUAGAAAGGUAAUGUUCCAUGAAGAAAAACUACACUCUUUUGAAUAACCAUUUCAGUGACAGAACGCACACACGAAAGAGUCCUGUGCUCUGUCGUCCUGCUUGUUGUGCCCGUGUCAAACCACAGAGCUGGCAUGCUUGAGCCGGCAGGACAGGGCAGCAUCAGUGCGGUGCUCAUGCCCUCCUCUCUCCGGAUGUUGACAGAGAGAUUAGCUAGUGUUCCUUCAGCUCAGUUCUCGCCACAGAAGUUACCAUCACUGUUCGGCUUGACUCUUUUCCUUGACUGAACUGAGAUUAUCUAAGGGUGAAAAAAAAAAAAAGUAAGGGAAUGAACAAAACAACUCGGACCAAAUGAUUGGCAGACCAGUUAGCUUCACAGCCUUCUGCUGGUCGCCUUCCUGGUGGUGUGGUACCCCAGUUAGAGCACAGCCUUGAUCUAGCUGCUGAGUGCCUGCACUAGACUGGUGUCAGUGGGGUGACUAGCCAUCUUUCCAGUAGAAUGGGUCUAUUUUAGGAAAAAGGGAAUGACAUCUUUGUUUGGGGGGUGGAGAGGGGGAGACUGGGUUUCCCUCUUCUGUGGUUCAAAGGGAGCCAUGAGGCACUGCAGUGUUACAUAAAAGCCAUUAAAUCUGAAUGCCCUUGGACAAGCUUUAAAAAAAAAAAGACAAAAAUUUAUACGCAUUUGUUAUUUAAACAUUUUUAUUAAAGCAUUCUAAAUUGUCUGGGUAUAAGUCCCUGGAGUACAUUGUGUCAUGUAACAUCUGUCUGUCUGUCUGUAUGUGUAUAUAUAUAUAUAUAUUUGGGGAGGGGAUAGCAGCAAGGUUCAGAUGUUUUUAACUUAUCUAUAUUUCAGAUCAUAUCAUUUUGCUUUAAUGAUGUAAAAAAAAGAUUGCAAGAUGUGUAAAUAUAUCAGAAAACAAGUAUCUGAGAAAGCAGUAAAUACUAUUUUCAGCUACUAACUGUAUGCUAAAGCUUCUAAAGCACAAGUGCAUAUUUUUAUACAACCCUUUUCACGACUUCCUGUGAUUGAUAGAAUGUCAAAGUCGAGAUCACCCUUUCACUCUUACCAGCCAAACCUUCUCUGUGUUAUAGAUAUUAAAAUCUCAACAAACAAUAUUUCCUUUCUCGACUUCUCUGUAUGCCAUAUUGCAUUUUUAAGAGUUACACAGACUUCUUUCAGAUGAAAAUUGGAAGGCAGAACAUUUGGGACUAGUACAACGGAAAGAAAAUUAAGAUUCACUCAUGUGCCAAUGUGUUUUUCUAUGUUUUUGUACAAACAAAAUGGAAACAUAUAUGAGUUCCAUGCAAAGAAAUGUAUCUAAAUUAUUUUUGUUAGAUAAGAGUUACUUGCUUGAUCGGAACAGUUACCAGCUUUGUAUUGUAAUGUUGUAUUCUGUAAACGUGACAGAGGUGUUUUUGUGACAUACUUGUAACUAAAUUCUUACAGCCA